UAUAAUCUUAAUUAAUCCACUAUUUAAGGGCCUAAGCUAUCCCAGUUUGGUUGAAAUAUAAUGCAAAAUAUAGAGUCAUGGCAAUAAAUCUUUUUCUUCUUCUUCUUCUUUCUGAAAUCGUUCUAAUUCUCAGCUCUGUGUCUAUAAUAACUGAAGCUAAAAUAUCGUUAACUAAUAAUGAUAUUACUAAGUCUCUCAAUCGGAGUAGUUUUCCAGAAGGAUUUAUUUUUGGAACAGCUACAUCAGCUUACCAGGUUGAAGGUGCAGCAAAUGUUGGUGGAAGAGGACCAAGUAUAUGGGAUACUUUCACACAUAAUUAUCCAGAAAUGAUAACUGACGGAAGUAAUGGAGACGUGGCCAUUGAUGAAUAUCAUAUUUACAAGGAAGAUGUUGAGAUCAUGAAAGACAUGAAUAUGGAUGCUUAUAGAUUCUCCAUCUCCUGGUCUAGAAUACUGCCAAAAGGAAAACUUGGUGGAGGUAUAAACAAAGAAGGAAUACAUUAUUACAACAACCUUAUCGAUGAACUGUUAACUAAAGGUCUUCAACCCUUUGUAACCCUUUUUCAUUGGGACCUUCCUCAGGAACUUGAAGAUGAAUAUGGUGGAUUUUUAAGUUCAAAUAUAGUGAAUGAUUUUCGAGAUUAUGCAGAGCUUUGCUUUAAAUUAUUUGGAGAUAGAGUAAAACAUUGGAUUACAUUGAAUGAACCAUGGGUCUAUGCCAAACAUGGUUAUGCUGAAGGGAUGUUUGCACCUGGACGAUGUUCACACUGGCAAAACCCUAAUUGCACUGGUGGAGACUCUGCCACUGAACCAUAUAUAGUGGCUCAUAAUCAAUUACUUGCUCAUGCAUAUGCUGUCAAUGUCUACAAAACUCAGUAUCAGGCAUCUCAAAAAGGAAAAAUAGGGAUAACGCUAGUGUCUCAUUGGAUAAUGCCACUCUAUGAUACAAAAUUGGAUCAUCAAGCUGCACAAAGAGGCAUUGAUUUCAUGUUUGGAUGGUUUAUGGAUCCAUUGACAUUAGGAGACUAUCCAAGCUCCAUGCGGUCCUUAGUAGGAGGUCGAUUACCAAAGUUCUCAGCAUAUCAAGUAAAGUUUGUAAGAGGUUCUUUUGAUUUUAUUGGACUAAACUAUUAUACUUCUUAUUAUGCAACCAAUGCACCUGAACUAAGUGAAGAAGAGUCCAACUACAUCACAGAUCCACUCAUAAUUCUUACACAGGAGCGCAAUGGAAUACCGAUUGGUCCAAAAGCUGCUUCAUCUUGGUUGUCAAUUUAUCCAAAAGGACUUCGUGAAUUGUUGCUCUAUGUUAAAGAAAACUAUAACAAUCCUUUGAUUUACAUUACUGAAAAUGGCAUGGAUGAUUUAAAUGAUCCAACAAUGUCUCUUGAGAAAGCCCUUGAAGAUAUAAUCAGGAUUGAUUAUUACCAUGAUCAUCUCUAUUAUCUUCAAACUGCAAUAAGGGAUGGCGCCAAUGUGAAAGGAUAUUUUGCUUGGUCAUUGUUUGACAACUUUGAAUGGAGUUCAGGCUACACCAAAAGAUUUGGAAUUUACUUCAUAGAUUACAACAAUAAUAACAAAAGAUAUCCAAAAAUGUCGGCCAUUUGGUUUAAGAGUUUUUUGCAACACAAAAGUAGUUAUAUUCAGUGAUUCACGCUAAGAAGAUGAACUCAAUUUAUCACUUAUAACUUGAAAAUCUAAACGAAGUUGAUACAAUGAGAAGAAAUUUCCAAUGGGUGGAUGUGUUUGUAUUUUGUCUAAUUUGAAUAUUUAUUUUUGAAAAUAUAUGAGGUAAAUUUGUAAAAAUAUGAUUUAUGAAUAUUUCUAAAAUUGUGUUUUGUGUAUUACUUUUUAAAGAAUGGAUGGAUAAUACAUAUGAAAGGUGAUUUUUUUUUUCUUUAGUUAAUUUUGUUGAGUAAGGAAUUUUACCUAUUGUCAUAUCCCAAAAUUUGCCUGAUCCAGUAUGCGUCUACUAAUUUAUU